UCCGUCACCAAGACUCACAGCCGAUUCUGAGCCGAACUAACCCGACGAGAAGUCGAAUGGAGCCGAUGAUUUGACGAACCAAGCCGAAGCUGUGUCGAACUUAAGCAAACCCAUCAGCUAUUAGAUCUGCAGGAAGAGCUCAGCGAUGAAAUUUGCCAAAUAUAACGGUGUCCAUUGAGCUUUGUAGAACAUGUCUAUGGUCCUGUUUUCCUCUGUGGUGAGAGUGAGGGACGGUCUGCCUCUCUCUGCCUCCACGGACCAUGAACAGGAUAAAGGACUUCAGGAGACUAAGAAACAUCUCAAGGGUCUAUCCAAAAAACUCAGCCAGUUUCCAGAUCGCUGCUCACUCAGAUCUGGCCUGUACAACAUCAAUUUCACAAGCUCUCUUGGAGUUGGGUAUUUGAUGGUCUGCACAGAGAACUAUCCCAGUGUCCUGGCCUUCAGCUUCCUUGAUGAACUUCAGAGAGAGUUCAUUGUCACAUAUGACACCAAGCGGAUCAACAGCGCUUUGAGGCCUUUCUCCUUCAUUGAGUUCGAUAACUUCAUCCGGAAAACCAAGCAACGUUACAAUAGCCCACGUUCCCUCUCCACCAAGAUUAAUCUGGCUGACAUGCAGACUGAGAUUAAGCUCCGGCCUCCUUAUCAGCUCUCCCUGGAGGACAUUGGAUCAAUCAACGGCUUCUCACAACACAAGCAGUCUAAAUAUAAAGGCAUAGCUCCUAAUCAAAUGCUGGAGCCUGUUACACUGCCAGGUAUCGUCGCCUGUGUCUUAAGUGUCCUGUGUGGCGCUCUUAAUUUGCUGCGGGGAGUCCAUGCGAUAGAAAGCAUAUUACAGAAUGACAAUGAAGACUUUAAUUACGUAAUUGCUUUUUUCCUGGGGACUGCGGCCUGUUUGUAUCAGUGUUACAUGUUUGCCUACUUCUCCGUAUGGAGGAACAUCAAGUCAUCCCUGGCCUUUGCCAUGAUCUGCCUGUGUAACAUGUAUCUGUAUGAACUCCGUAACAUAUGGCAGAUCCUCUUUCACGUGACAGUGGGAGCGUUCUUUACACUGCAGAUCCACCUGAGACGACCACAGGGCAAAGCACCUGACUACAACGUUUGACCCCUGAACUGUCUAAAGACUACACAACACAGCCAAACACAGUUUUAAACUGUUAUCCACAACCUAACCAUGUCCCAGUCCCAUUGAGGAAAAUAGUACUAUGGAUUUUGAAGCAGGGUUUCAGAUUGAUUGCUGAGUUUUUAUAUUGUUCAUGUUUUCAUGCCGUUUUCAUGUUUCAUUGUUUUGCACGCAUUUCAAGUCAGCAAUGGAAAAACUGCUGUUCUUGUCAAAGCAAAAGUUCAUAUGUGACUUUAUAAGCUCACAUGAUUAGAUUCAUGUAUGUAACAUCAAAGCAUAUCAUUAGCAAAUAAUUUAGAUGUUCAAAUGUAAUAUGAUAUUUGUGUUUAAAUUGACAUCAGGACUUAAGAUGUCUUUUUUUUUUUUUUCUUACACAAUGUACAAUUUUUGCUCUGUUUUUAUUGUUAAAGCCAAUGCAUAUGACACUUCCUUUUUUAAGCUACCUAUAUACAGGUACUUGUAAUUCAACAGUGUUGGAUUUUCAUCUUUCUUACACUCACAUAAACAAGCAUUGAUGGCUUUAUUUUGCCAUUUGUUUUCACACAUACGGCACAUUUCAGAGUCAUUGUGUUGUCAUGGUCAUUAAUCAGAUGUCUCUGCCUGAAAGCAAAACAGUCAUGUCCAUGCUGCCUGCAGGUGUGCUACCUGCAAAUGAAUGCUUAGAGUUUCUGAGGGAAAUGGAAUCACACUAGUAUCCAGACUCCUUUUUUGCCCCAAAGCCACAAUGAGUAUCAGCUGCCUUUUGUCAAUGGGUCUGUUCACUGUAGAGCAGAAUUUUGAUGAACCUGCAACAGUAUGUAAGAAUUAAUGAGUCUUGUGGUGUUCUUUUUCUAUUCACCAGGGCAGUGUUUCCCAAAAGCAUCACAAGCUUAAGUUGAUCGUAGAAGUUAUUACCGCCAAUGGUUUCUACGAUCUACUUAGGCUUAAUGAUGCUUUUGGGAAAUGCAGCCCUGGUUGGUUAUGCAUUUGGUUUUCACAGUGGAAAUAACAGCUUGUUCAAAUUUAUAGAUUAUGGGCCAAAUGUUUCAAAGUUCCUCACAAGCUGUACACACAUUCUUAUUUUUCAAACAGUGUCAGGGAUGAUCAGAUAUUUAAUUACGCAUCUUUGCAUUGCAAAUAGAGCAUGUCAGACACCUCAGAAACACACGCACCCACACUCACUCUCUCUCUCAGCUGUAGUACGCUGCUAUUUGGCCCAGCGUGUGUUUGUUUUCAAAAGUGAGGCCCUGUUCUGAAACAGACAGUAAAAAUCUUGAAUUUGUA